AUAGGACAAUAGCCGUCGUUUUCCGGAGUCUGUACCGAGAUAACGACAUCUGUUGUCCGGACGACACACUAGGUUCGAAACCGUUGGUUACACUGCAAUCGCAUAUCCUUAUCAAUUCUGGAUUUUUUCUCGAUAUUUAUUAUUUUUUCCAUAAAAAUAAAAGUAUUAAGUCGAAGUCGAACAACUCAAACAAUUAAUAACCAAUUAAAUGAAUAUCUAAAUUCAUAUGAUAUAAUUUACCUAAUUUAGUCUAGAUUAUAAUAUGGCUGUAUCUGCAACUUUACAGAAAGCGAUUGAUUUAGUAACCAAAGCAACUGAAGAAGACCGUAGUAAAAAUUAUGAAGAAGCUUUAAAAUUAUAUGAAAGCGGAAUUGAAUAUUUUUUACAUGCUCUAAAAUAUGAAACCCAAGGAGAAAAAGCUAAGGAUAGCAUACGAGGUCGUUGUACACAAUAUUUAGAAAGAGCUGAAAAACUAAAAGAUUACUUGAAAAAUGGAAAAAAUAAAAAGAAACCAGUCAAGGCUGGAGAGUCAAACUCAAAAAAUGAUGACAAGAAGAAUGAUAGUGAUGAUGAUGGAGAUGACCCUGAAGCCAAAAAACUACAAAAUAAAUUGGAAGGAGCUAUUGUUGUUGAAAAGCCUUGUGUAAAAUGGUCAGACAUUGCUGGCUUAGAAGGAGCAAAAGAAGCGCUUAAAGAGGCUGUCAUACUUCCUAUAAAAUUCCCUCACUUAUUUACUGGCAAAAGAAUCCCUUGGAAAGGAAUACUAUUAUUUGGGCCACCAGGAACUGGUAAAUCAUAUCUAGCAAAAGCAGUUGCAACAGAAGCUAAUAAUUCUACAUUUUUUUCCGUCUCAUCUUCUGAUCUUGUAUCUAAAUGGUUAGGCGAAUCUGAAAAACUUGUCAAAAAUCUUUUUGAAUUAGCUAGACAACAUAAACCCAGCAUUAUAUUCAUAGAUGAGGUAGAUUCACUUUGUUCGUCGCGCUCAGAUAAUGAAUCUGAAUCGGCUCGUCGAAUAAAGACUGAGUUUUUAGUUCAAAUGCAAGGUGUUGGUACUGAUAAUGAAGGUAUUCUUGUAUUGGGAGCCACAAACAUACCUUGGGUACUUGAUGCAGCUAUACGUAGACGUUUUGAAAAACGUAUUUACAUACCUUUACCAGAAGAGCAUGCUCGGUUAAUUAUGUUGAAACAAAAUUUAGGAAAUACCUACCAUUUACUAACUGAAGCAGACCUAAAGACAUUGGCAACUAAAACUGAAGGCUAUUCAGGAGCAGAUAUCAGUAUAGUUGUAAGAGAUGCAUUAAUGCAACCAGUACGUAAAGUACAAACAGCUACACAUUUUAAACGAAUAGCUGGUCCUAGCCGAGCAGAUCCAAAUGUAAUUGUGAAUGAUUUGUUAACACCGUGUUCUCCAGGUAGCCCUGGUGCCAUUGAAAUGUCAUUUAUGGAUGUCCCCAGUGAUAAACUUCUUGAACCUGCAGUAUCUAUGAGUGAUAUGUUACGAUCAUUGGCUACAUCUAAACCUACAGUGAAUGAUGAUGAUAUGAAGAAAUUGGAUAAAUUUACUAUGGAUUUUGGUCAAGAAGGGUGAGUCAGCUCUUAAUGUUCAAAUAUGAAAUAAUUGCGAUGAAAAUGAUUCAAUUUUUAACAAGUUCUGUUUCUUCAAUGGAUCAAGACAUGAUUUUUUUUUUUUUAGAAAUAAAAUUAUUUUCUCCAACUUUGUAUCUAAUUAUUAUGUUAUCCUUAUCAUCUAUACAUAUUAUUUAUAAACUUUUUAUUUUUCAUAUAUUGUCUAGAUAUUAUAUUUAAAAUAAAUCAUUUAAUUUUUAAUCAA